GGAAGGAAGCUAAAGUGUUGCGAAGCUUUUCACAUCCACACUAUGGAAGAAAAUGAUGCGAGUAACCACCGCGUAGCCAACCAGGAGUCCAGCGACCAGUCAAACCGGGCGAUCAUCCUGCCCCUUCUGCAGGCACCGGGGAACCAGCUCCCCCACCGCAUCACCAACUUUUUCAUCGACAACAUCCUCCGGCCGGACUUCGGUAAGAGGAAGGAAGGGUACCGGGAACCCGGUCAUAUUCCCGGGAGGGAGAACGUCAGUCCGUCCGGGCAGAGCGGGGGCAGUCCUCCGGGGCCAGGAGGUGGUGGUAGUGCUGGCAGUGGGGUCGGUGGAGGGGCUCCGAGCAGCCCUUCUGGCCCGGAUAAGAAACGCGAUGUGGCGGCUGAAGGAGCGUUGAGGAACGGAGAGAGCGCCGAGCAGUCCCAGAGCUCAGAUUCGGACAGUUCCCAGAGCAGCAGCAACGCGGUCUCGCAACCCAUGUUGUGGCCUGCAUGGGUUUACUGCACUAGGUACUCCGACAGGCCUUCUUCAGCGCACGAAAUAUUACAUCUUCCAAAUCAAACAACCACGGCAAAGCGACAGACAAUCUGUCCCAGGUCCCGAAAACCAAAGAAGAAAAAUCUCAAUAAAGAGGACAAGCGACCGAGAACAGCGUUCACUGCGGAGCAGUUACAGAGACUGAAAGCCGAGUUUCAGACUAACCGCUACCUAACCGAGCAGCGCCGGCAGAGCCUGGCUCACGAACUCAGUCUCAACGAAUCCCAAAUUAAAAUCUGGUUUCAGAACAAGCGAGCCAAAAUCAAGAAAGCUAGCGGAUCAAAGAACACAUUGGCACUCCAUUUAAUGGCACAAGGCCUAUACAACCAUUCUAGCACGGGGAAAGAGCACAAGGAAGAGAGUGAAUAGCAAAGAGCGGGCAACAGAAGUGAAAAAACUACAAUGCAAUAAUAUAAAUCGAAAUAAGGGCCAGUGUUACUAAAAGAGAAAAGAAAAUAUACCAGCAUAGUUUUUAAAACAAAAAAGUUAAAUUGUAUGAGAUAUUAUUCCGCAAUAUUCUUGUGUAUAUAAUUCAGGUAAGGUGAUGUAAAAAGAAACUGAAAUAUUUCAAUAUAUGAUGAGAUUUUUGUUUCUGGGAUCUCAGAAGCCGUGGAUGCUGUUGGCUGCAAAUUUCUAUUCGGCGCCGACUGGAUGUUGCAGGCGCUCGGUGAACUGUCUGGUGUGAAAUUUAAACCCACCUGCUAAAGUCCAAAGAAUUUUCCUGCCGUUGUUGUUUUACAGAAAAGAAAAUGUUAAAUUAAAUAAAUAUCAAAUGUUUGAUUCUACUAACGAGGUUUACAGCUUUUUUUGGGGGGUUUGUUUUUUUAAAAAGAGAAAUAAGAAGUCAGGCAAACGAAAAUAAAGCAGUCUGCUGAAGGAGUACUCUUUCGUCUGUCUCCUCUAAAGAAGCAGUUUUUCAACGGACGGGACUCGGUUGCAGUUCAGAUGAUUUUCAGGUGGAAAGGGGGAGCUAUGUUUUUUCCAAAAUUCGCUUAGAUAUUUAGACGCGUUGAUAAAGGCCACUUGGAAGGUAAACCUCCUUUGAUGUAGACAGAUAUGAAACACCUGCAACAUUUUCAUGAACUGGAAUGGUGCAAAGCGUUGGAGAAAGCGCCCCAAGAGAUGUUUAAAGACGGAAAGUUUGUUUUUAAAAAAAAAUAACAAGAAGAGGUUAGAAAGCAAAACUCCCGGCCACGCGCUUCCGCCUCUGGAGCGCCUUCCUGUGGUUGAGGGAAAAGGCUGGGGGAAUGAAACUCGCAAAAUGUCAAGUUCAAACUCACAAAACUUGAUUCCAAAUGCAAAUAACCCAAAGUCCUAAAAAAUACUUUUUUUUCAAGCAGGCGCAUAUUUAAAAUGGAAAGCGACUCGCUACUAUCGUUCAUUUAGAUCCUGGCACGUUAGCACUGUUAUUGACUUUAAAAAAACAAAUGCCGUGCACCGUAAAGCCACCCAAACGUCAUCGCUUACUCAUUCAGUGUGCCGGUUAACAGCCCAGCAGCGGGAGUACCUGGGCUCUAACCUGAAAAGAGUAACAUACUCAGUCCGACUCUCCGGCCUCAAAUUCAAAGACAGAAAAGACAUAUAACACGCUUGCUGCGGUUAUGUUUUGGUUACUAUUCGGCGUUUCAAUUAUCGGCUUUUCUAAAAUUAAUGGUGGAAUAUGGAAUUUUAUUUGGCUGUAAUUUCAAAGCCCCCGCAGACAGUCUCGUUUCGAGAAUGUACUAUUAUCUUACGCUCCCACAUGUUCGUAGCUUUCUGUAUCUCGAAGGAUAGGUGCAAAACAUAUAGCAUGGAUUUUAUUUCUGACCAUCCAAUCUCAAACAAUCUAACAUUUCGGACAAAAAGAGGCACUGCUAGCACGUUUGUUAUGGCCUGUCGAAGUUACCCCAAGGUUAAUGAAUGUGCAGUAAAGGGAGACAUGUGUUCAGAGAUGUGGACGUCGUCACUGUUUCAUAUCUUGUAAAAUGACACUUGCUUUCGCCGCGUUAAAAUUGGUAAAAUGAGUGUAACCUUGUCCGCAAUCGACUCAAACCAGGGAACACGAACUAUAUUUUAAAACUUCCUCUGUUGCCUUCAACUUCACACUUUACACAUUUUGGUUUCCUGGUAUCUGUUAAAUAGGAGAUGAGCAACAGAUUGGAUGCUGGGAAAUUCCGCAGACUUUUUUAGAUGUUUGAUUUCCAUGAAACCUGCGUGAGUACAAUGACAGUGGAUAAAAGUUUAACAGACAGAGAACAAAAAACAGCAGCAAGUGCCUAGAAUAGAAAGUACUCAAAGAGAAAUAGAAACAGAAAGAUACAGUGGAUAGAAAUCGUGUUGGAAAUGCUUUGCCAACUAAAUAUCAAAGUAUUCAAUCUGUACACAUUCUUUCUAAGUUAUAAUAUUGUGAUUGUGAUUUUAUUUGUAUUA